CAGGCACGCGAGUCAACGCACGCGCACUGGCUCCCUCUGUGUCAAACAUGGCUGUGCUUUUGAAGAAAGAAAAAUGCUGAAUAGUGCUGGAGGAUUUCGCCAAAAGAGGAAACCAUGGCUAGACUGGCUGAUUACUUCAUAGUGGUGGGAUACGACCAGGACAAGUCUGGAUCUGGUGAAGGAUGUGGCAAGAUCAUUCAGCGCUUCCCUAAAAAGGACUGGGAUGGCACGGUGUUUCCCCAGGGUGUGGAGAUGUUCUGCCAGCCUGGUGGAUGGAUGCUGUCUCGUGAGAGAAAACUCCCGACAUUUUUCACAGUGGUGCUGACAGAUAUAGACUCAGAACGACACUUUUGCUCCUGUCUGACUUUCUUUGAGGCAGAGGUCAACCUUCAGGGCUCAAAGACGCUGGAGGCAGAUGGGGAUGUAGCGGAGGAUGUGGAUGAGGAAGAGGAUGGUUUGAUCCAGCCAGCUCAAAUCUUUGCACCCAAAAGUUUGAUUCUUGUCUCCAGGCUGGAUUACCCAGAAAUAUUUAGGGGCUGCUUGGGACUGAUCUACACCGUAUACAUUGACAGUCUGAGCUUUCCUCUGGAAGGGCUGGUGGCAAACCUCUUCACAUGCUUGGUCCCAUUAGGUGGAGGUUCCCAGAAGCUCUUUUCACUGGGAGCGGGGGACCGGCAGCUCAUCCAGACCCCACUCAAUGACACUCUGCCAGUCAGCGGGAAAAGUGUAGCUCUCCUCUUCCAACAGUUAGGAAUGCAGAAUGUUCUUAGUCUCUUCUGUGCGGUUCUGACAGAGCACAAGGUUUUGUUCCACUCUUCCAGCUAUCAGAGAUUAGGAGAGGCCUGCCGUGCCUUAGAGUCCCUCAUGUUUCCUCUUAAGUACAGCUACCCCUACAUUCCUGUCCUCCCGUCUCGACUGCUGGAGGUGUUGAGCUCGCCUACGCCCUUCAUCAUCGGCGUGCACUCCAUGUUCCAGAGCGAGAUCCAAGAGCUGCUCGAUGUGAUCAUUGCUGACCUUGACGGAGGAACAAUUAAAAUACCGGAGUGUAUACACCUCUCCCAGCUCCCCGAACCCCUGUUGCACAAAACUCAAAAAGCACUGUCCAUGGUUUUGGACCCAGAUCUGGAAGGAGCAGAUAAUGCCUUCCCACCCCCUCGUUCUGCUCCAUCCAACCUCAAACUGCUGGAUAAGGAGGUGAGGGCGGUCUUCCUGCGCUUGUUUGCACAACUCUUCCAGGGCUACAGGUCCUGUCUGCAGCUCAUUCGCAUCCAUUCCGAACCUGUGAUUCACUUUCACAAGGCUGCCUUCCUGGGCCAGCGGGGCCUGAUAGAAAAUGACUUCCUGACCAAGGUGUUGGAUGGCAUGGCCUUCGCAGGAUUCGUGUCUGAACGGGGACCUCCAUACAGAGCCUGCGAUCUGUUCGAUGAGCUGGUGGCCUUAGAUGUAGACUGCUUAAAGGAGGAAGAAGAGAACCUGGUCAAGUCCCAGAAGCGCUUGAGAGAGCUGUCCGAGCAGCUUUACAAAAAUGAGAGUCCGAACCCCCACAUGGCCUUCCAGAAAGUGCUCCGGCCCACUGAGGGCUCACACCUGCGGGUGCAUGUGGUGCCCUUUCCCUUGUUGGAGGAGGAGAGGGUGGAGGAGUUGAUACAUGAGGGCCUGACCAAGCAACACCCCACCCCUAUCAGUACCCACCCAGAGAGGAAGUGUGUGGUGCCCGCUGGACCCCCUGUGGUGUCUAUCAUGGACAAGCCCAGCUCUGUUUUUAACAGCGCUCGUAGACUGGAGGUGGUCCGGACGUGCAUCGGUUUCAUCUUCGACAACAAGUCUCUGGAGACAGAGAAGGCACUCCCUGCGGCUCUUCGGGCCCUGAAAGGCAAAGCAGCACGCCAGUGCCUGACCGAAGAGCUCAGCCACCAUGUGCAGCAGAACCGUGCUAUCCUGGACCACCAGCAGUUUGAUCAUAUCAUUCGCAUGAUGAACUGCGCUCUACAGGACUGCUCCAGCUCAGAGGAAUACACUGUAGCCGCCGCCUUACUGCCCCUGACAACGGUCUUCUACCGGAAACUAGCAGCUGGAGUGGACCAGUUCGCCUACACCUGCGUACAAGACCAUCCCAUCUGGACCAGUCAGCAGUUCUGGGAGGCUACCUUCUACUCUGAGGUGCAAAACCAGAUCAGAGCACUUUACCUCACCACCCCUGAGGAGAAACAACUCAUCGCUGCCAAAAUCAAGGAACAGAGCACACUGUCCACAGCAUCCAGUGAGUCAGAACGAACCGCUAUGGACCUCGCAGCGGAGCAGUUGCAUGCUUGGCCCAGUCUGAGCAAAGAGAAGCAGCAGGAGCUGGUGAAGAACGAGGAGAGCACAGUGUUCAGCCAGGCCAUCCACUAUGCCAGCCUGAUGGUCUACCUGCUCGUACCGCUGGAUACCAGCAAAAACAAGCUGCUGCGCUCCACACCUGCAACAGACUGGGACAGCAACAGCAUCCUCACAAACAGUAUUGCUGGGAGUGUAGCUGAGAGCUUUGACGCCGAGAGCGGAUUUGAAGACUCUGAGACCAGUGAUGUUGCCAACUCUGUGGGGAGGUUCAUCUCUCGUUUCAUUGACAAAGUGUGCACAGAGAGUGGAGUGACACAGGAUCACAUCAAGAGUCUGCAUAGUAUGAUUCCAGGUCUUGUGGCAAUGCAGAUGGAGACUCUAGAGGCAGUUCAUAGAGAAAGCAGAAGACUGCCUCCCAUUCAGAAGCCCAAGAUCCUGCGGCCUGCCCUGUUGCCUGGAGAGGAGCUGGUGUCCGAGGGGCUACGGGUGGUCUUAGACCCAGAUGGUCGAGAGGAGACCACCGGCGGCCUUCUGGGAGGACCACACAUUUUGCCAGCAGAGGGAGCACUCUUCAUCACCACUUAUCGUAUCGUUUUCAAGGGCACUCCUCACGACCCACUAGUUGGCGAACAGGCCGUGAUCAGGAGUUUUCCAGUAUCCACUCUGACUAGGGAGAAGAAGAUCACCAUUCAGAACCAGCUACAGCAAAACAUGCAGGAGGGGCUUCAGCUGAGAUCUGCUUCUUUCCAGCUAAUUAAGGUGGCGUUUGAUGAGGAGGUGAGCUCAGAGAAGGUAGAGAUCUUCAGGAAACACCUGCAACGGAUCCGCUACCCACCAUCCAUCUUCAGUACCUUUGCUUUUGCAGCAGGACAAACUGCACCACAGCUAAUAUUACCCAAGCAGAAAGAGAGAAACACAGGCUUUCGAACACUAUCUAAGUCCAUUGUGAAAGGGGCUAAAAGGGCAGGCAAGAUCACAAUGGGUCGCCAGUCUACUCUGAAGAAAAACGAAAAGGGCAGUCGCAUGACCUGGCAUGAGGAUGAUGACAUCUCAAUCUCAGAUGAUGGUGAGCCCCCCGCCAGCAGCACACUGAAGACCACAGAGAAGUCCACUAUGGAGCAGUUAGUGGAGCAAGCCUGUUUCCGUGACUAUCAGAGGCUGGGUCUGGGUACUGUCAGCACUAGUUUCACACGGUCUAAAAGCGGAGAGCAGUUCCGUGUUACUGCAGUCAACAGACUCUACUCAUUGUGUCGCAGUUACCCUGGUCUCCUGGUGGUGCCUCAAACCGUUCAGGACAGCAGUCUCGAUAAGGUGUCCCGCUGCUACCGGCAAAACCGCCUGCCAGUGGUGUGUUGGAAACACCCUCGCACCAAAGCAGUUUUACUUCGUUCGGGUGGUUUUCAUAGCAAGAGUGUGGUUGGACUUUUCAAGUCUCAGAACACUUCUUCAGCAGCUCCGACUUCCUCAGAGACCUCCAGCAGUCUGGAGCAAGAGAAAUACCUGCAGGCCAUCCUCCGCUCCAUCCCCAUCUACUUCAAACCCAACGGCAGCAACACUCUCACCAACCGUUCCCUCAUCGGCUUGUCCCCAGGUACUGCAAAGAUAUCAGCUAGUGAAAGAAGGGCAUCAAGAAUACCAAAGAUGGCCCCUGUCCAUUUGGACAUUUCCUUCACCAAUAGCUUCGCCAGAGGAGGUGUGUGGUCUAGUCUGCGCUCUACCAGCAGAUUCAGCCAGCAUCCCGCCGCUGUCGAUAUGGGCGCGCGCUUGGCUGGCAAGGAUCUGGCGCCCCCUACAGGCAUUGAGAACCUCCAGGCCCAACUCCUCAAGCAUCAAGCAGCUCUCUACAUCUUUGGCGAAAAGUCUCACCUCAGGGGCUUAAGACUGGACUCAGCGCUGAACUGUGAAGUGGUGCCAGUAGAGUUUACGGAUACAAGGCAGGUGAAGGGCUCCUUCAAGAAGCUUCUAAGAGCGUGUGCGCCCAGUUCCAUGUCCUCAGACACAGAGGACUCCUUCCUUAAGGCUCUGGAGGAGAGUGAAUGGAUGCUACAGCUACACAAGCUUCUGCAGCUGGCUCUGGUUGUGCUGGAGUUGCUGGACUGUGGAUCAUCUGUUCUAGUUAGUCUUGAAGAUGGCUGGGACAUUACCACUCAGGUGGUUUCCCUUGUGCAAGUGCUCAGUGAUCCAUUCUACAGGACCUUAGAGGGGUUUCAGGUGCUUUUGGAGAAAGAGUGGCUGUCUUUUGGCCACAAAUUCAGCCAACGUGGCACCCUGACCCCCAGCAGCCAGGGCAGCGGCUUCACUCCCAUCUUCCUCCAGUUUCUUGACUGUGUACAUCAGGUUCAUAACCAGUACCCCCUUGAGUUUGAGUUUAAUCAAUACUAUCUGAGGUUCCUGGCAUACCACUACAUCUCCAAUCGCUUCAAGAACUUCCUUCUGGACUCGGACUACGAGCGGCUGGAGCACGGCACAUUGUUUGAGGACAAAGGAGAAAAGCCGUCCAAGAGGGGAAUCUGUAUCUGGGAGUGUAUCAGCCGAAUGCACCACAAGAGCCCUCUCUUCUUCAACUACCUUUACAGUCCCUCAGAGACGGAGGCAGUGUUGAAACCACUAAUUUCUAUCCCCAAUCUGACGACAUGGGAGUUCUACACAGAGGAGACGUUGUCCACAGGCCCGUCUUAUGACUGGUGUAUUCCCACUGUGCGCUCUCAGAGCACAGAAGAGCCAGACACCAUCUCCACCACCAAGAGGAGGAUCGUCUGGCCGUGUUACAGCAGCGUCAGCCGUGCCCAGCCUGAUGCCAUCACCAAACUCUUGGCUGACAUUGAGAGGCUGGAGGAAGAACUGGGACAGCCGUCUGAGCCCUGGCACACCACGCUGGAGAAGGUGCGAGACAGCAUCCAAGAAGACCUCAAACAGGAAGGCAAUCUGCGGAAACAGUCAGUGUCCAUCUCUGGUUUGGUCCCCACCUCCAACCUGCAGGCCUAUCAGCGACACUCCAUGCUGCACCUACCUGACAGCGGCCUCGGACAGGACAGCAGCCCCACUGCAGUCAACGGGGUUAAUCGCAGGGCAGCCACGCUCUACAAUCAGUUUACCCCAAAGAAUGAAGACAACAGAUCAUUUGAGGGAAUCCUGUACAAGCGAGGGGCAUUACUUAAAGCUUGGAAAGCUAGGUGGUUUGUUCUGGACAUAACAAAACAUCAGCUGAGGUAUUAUGAGACGGAUGUGGACACAAGCUGUCGAGGCUAUAUUGACCUGGCCGAAGUGGAAUCUGUCCUGAUUGCCACACCAACUAUAGGAGCCCCCAAACACAUCAGUGAAAAGGCUUUCUUUGAUCUGAAGACCACUAAACGAGUGUACAACUUCUGUGCAGCAGAUGCUCAGAGUGCCCAGCUAUGGAUUGAUAAGAUCCAGAGCUGCAUCUCAGAUGCAUGAAGCCUUUUUCUUCUACACGCCUCAUCAGCAUCACCUCACUGCAGGGAGACUCACUGUGCAAUUAGUAGCACCCCGUAUUAAAGCCUUCAGUGCCUGCUGAAAUCCAAAAGACUCCUGAGAAACACCGCACCUGAACAGUGACGUACAGAAACACUGCUCUGUUCACUUGUCUGUGGAGCUGCAUUUACUGUGUCCCACUACCUGCACUCAAAAACUUGAUCCUGAGCUUAUGUUCAGGUGCUGAUGAAAACGAUGCAAUGCACUACUCUGACAUUUGCUAAACAAAGCAAUAGCUCUCAUCUUAAACUCGGGGUUCAAAAUAGCGGUGACGAGAGGUAUGUUCUGCAAAACAAAAAUACUGUUGCUGCUGUUGCAAUACAACUGCCAAACUGACAAAUAUUAAAUAUUAAGAAAGAUGCACAAUGUGUAACAGUCAAAUGAUUUGCACUUAAUGAUAUGCACUCCGUAUAAAAUAGAUUUUUAAUGGCUAGAACAAUUAGGCUAAAGGCGUUAUGUUUUACCUACACACAAAAGCUUGGAGCAGACAACUUCAUUCUCUAGUGUGCAAAGUAUUUUUUUAGAUAUAUAAACUUUCUGUCAGGUUGAAUGUUAUACUCAUAUACUGUAAAUUAUUUUUUAAACAUUAAAAGUGUCACCUGUGUGUUUUUGUUGAAUGGAGAGUCUUAUGUACAUGUAUUACAAUUCCAGCUUUUUGUAUUCUGCUGAAUAUGCUGUUAAGUAUGUUUUUCUAACCUUUUAGUCUAACUUGAAAUAAACACUCAUAUUUAUACUUAAUUACAGACAAUUUACGGACCAAGCAAAGCACAUCCUGCCUGAGAUGGUUAUCAGUCAGCCGUUUUGUUUGAGAUGAAGGGAAGAACAUAAUAUUAUUCCAUUCUCUGUGAGGUUACAUGUGAUGUUGAUGGCUUUUUUGAGGCACUAAGGUUUUAUCCAUUUAUUUUGGUAGCGUAUCUCUAAAGUUUUAAGAAACAUGAAAAAAAAUAUCAGACAAGAUGUGAUGUUGCUGAACCUAAAAUGACUUUACUGUAUGUUUUACAAUACUUUCUAGUGCUACUAAUGUUUCUGGUUUGUUUACUGUUUUUGGUUGUAUUUUAUGUGGGGAUUUGCUGUUAUUUGAAAUAAAUCUAGAGAAGUUUAA